AUGAGCAUUGUUUGUAAUUCUCCAAAAUUCGAAGUAUCAAACGAUCAAUCCUCGUAUUUCAAUAUUCAUAUGCCUGGUUCGUUUAUGCCUACACCUUCUGAUACCUCGUCCGGUUAUUUUGACAUAAAUCCAAAUUCUUCCCCGGCUCAAACUCCUUACUUCGAUGCUUUGAAACAAUCUCCAACUCAAACCCCUUUCUACGAUACUCAAACCCCUUUUUACGAUACCCAAACUCCUUUUUAUGAGUGCGAAACUCCAUUUUUUGAGCAACUACAAAAUCAACAUGGCCUCAAUGGUAUUAAUCCUUCCACAAAUAAUUCCGAUGCCAAAUUCGCUGUAAUGACUCCUGGAUAUCCUUCGAUCAGGAAACCUAUUUCCUUUCAAGAUGGCUUGGCCAGGGCAACAAAUAAUACUUUUGUGCCCAAAUUACCUCCUAUACGUCGACAAACAACUCUUAUUAGUCCUUCUAACAAGAAACCUAUUUCGUUACCAGCUGGAUUAGCUUUCACUCCUGUCUCUUCUUCUUUAGAAGAGUUUUCCAUAGAUCGUGUUGUCGAUAUGAUAAAUCUCAAACUAUCAGCUGAUACUCCUGCUUCUAAAAUUAUUUUAUUACUUGAUCUAAGGCCAUUUAAUUUAUUCACGACAGAACGGAUCAAAACUUCUAUAAAUAUUUGCAUUCCUACAACAUUAUUGAGAAGAUGUUCGUUUACUGCAGACAAAGUUAUAGAAACUUUAGUCUGCGAUUCUGAUCGUGAAAUUUUUAAGGAUUGGACAAGUUAUGAAAAUAUCGUAUUAUAUGAUAAUGAUUCUACUUCUUUAUCGGAUGCCUGCCCUGUAUUUCAUUUAUGUAAGAAAUUCCAAACUUCAAAUAUAAAGGCAAAAAUUGGUUUUCUAAAAGGUGGCUUCAUGGCCUUUGCUGAAAAACACGGGGAUUUAUGCGAAAAGACUAUUAUUAAGAAUGGAACACUUCCUUCUUCUGCUAAACUUCCUCGUUGGCGUUCUUCGAUAAAUCAUAAACCUGGUCCUUUUACUUGUCCAACACCUAUUGUUGAAGUUGCUGGUGUUAAUCCUUUCUUCGCAAAUAUUCGACAAAAUCUUGAAUUGAGUUGUGGAAUUACGGAGACCAUUCCUAUUCGCGUUCCAGAUAAUAUUGAUCAUUCGAAAUUACCUGGCUUUAUACGUGAUGUCAUCGGUGAAAAUGGUGAAACUAAAUUGGCCGAAGCUUUUCAUGAAAUUGAGCGUGCUGAACAAAGGAGAUUACAAUCUCUUAUGCUUCUUAAUGGAAAUCAGUCAACUCCCGAUUGUCCUUUUAGCAUAUCUGCUGGUAUAGAAAAAGGUUCAAAGAACCGUUAUAAUAAUAUUUGGCCUUAUGAUCAUGCUCGUGUAAAAAUUCAUGAAUGCAAUGAGGGUGAUUGUGAUUAUGUUAAUGCGAGCUUUGUUCAAGCUGCUGGAUGUAAUAAACGUUAUAUCGCUACACAAGGUCCUUUACCUGCCACUUUUAAUGACUUUUGGAAAGUGGUUUGGGAACAAAAUUCUCGCAUUAUUGUGAUGUUGACGAAAGAACGGGAAGCCGGAAGGGUUCUUUGUCAUAAUUAUUGGUCUGAAAAUGGGACUCCAUGUAAAUUCGGUUCUCUUGAACUUACUUUUAUAUCAGAAACUUCUCCUAUUAGUAACUCGGAGGGUUCAAUAGAUAGCAUCGUAAUUCGUAAAUUCAGCCUAGUUCAUAAAAAUCACCCUGAAAUUCCGGCUCGUGAAAUAACUCAAUUGCAUUUUCUUGGCUGGCCAGAUUUCGGUAUUCCUGAUUCGCCAUCCCAUAUCCUCAACUUGAUAGAAUCUGCUAACACUGCUCAACAUAGUGCUUCUAUGCAAUGUGAUUCUUCAAAAGAGAUUGGUCCUAUGAUUGUACAUUGUUCUGCUGGAUGUGGUCGUACUGGUGCUUUCUGUACUAUUGACUCUGUUCUAACUAUGCUUAAUAACGGUAAUUUGGAUACAAAUAAGGAUAUCGUUCAGGCCACUAUUUCCCAAUUUCGCGAACAACGGUUGAGCAUGGUACAAACUCUUAGACAGUUUGUAUUUUGUUAUGAGGCUGUUUUAUUUAAAGUUGCUGGUGCAAUUUAA